AUGAGUCGUUUUCAGCGCUCGAAACCGAUUACCAGAAUUUCUGAAGAGCAGAAGCAAAUGCUACUGGGUGAUGCUUUUGACAGCGCGCGACCGCACUGGUGCUUCCUUAUCAAGUUAACGCAGGGUCUGAGCGAUUCGCUCUUCCAGCAUAAAUUUCAUGAUUGGGAAAUGGCGCCUGCUCGGAUGUUCAGCACGCCAAAACGAUGGAAAACCACAUGCCUUUCGCCUAUAGCUUCUCCACAACGCGAGGAAAAGGAUGCAUGUAAUUUGGGAAGGUAUCCGUUUUGCAUAAUUUCUUUAAGAUAG